AUGAUUGUCAAGACAAACAGAACAACGAUGGUGUUCCCUGAGGAGCCGACGUCGCUCUCUGGUCCCUCCAGCAGCUCCUCUAAUCUCUCCCGUCCCCUUCUCGCCGCUCCGGCUGAUGCCCAUGUGCCGCCCUACAGAGGAGCCAGGAGGCCAAGGAGCCUCUCAGACGGCCACCAAGAACCGCAGGCGCACACGCUUCAUAACAUGGAUGGGCUGGACGGGCACGAUGCCGACGGGCUGGCGGAGUUUGACCAGCUGGAUGACGCCGACAGGGCGACCGUCCACGAUUUGAUCAAUCCGCGCGGGGCCUUCGGCACGUACUCACCAUUCCGAGUGUGGGGAGGCAGGCGGACAACCACACUCGACAGGUAA